AUAUAUCCAUUAAUUACACUUCGUAUCGUGAUGCAAGAUCCGAGGACCCUACCACGCGAUUGCCCAGAUACUCACUCGCCCGAAUCAUGGGAAUGCUCAAGCCACUGUUGGCUUUUAGUUGAGCAUGUUGCAAUAUCUGACCUUGAAUGA